AUGAGCAUAGCUGAGGGACAUUUUCGAGGCAUGAAGGAGUUACUUUCCACCAUGGAGCCGGAAACGGACGCGAAUGACGUGAAAGAGCUGAAGCAAAGGACACAUAUGCUUUGUGCGAGAUUUCUUGGGGGAGCGUGGAAGACGGUACCGUUGGACCAAUUGCGAAUAAGCAGAAUAAAAGGAGGAAUGAGCAACAUGCUGUUCUUGUGUCGGCUCUCAGAAUCACAUCGACCAAUUCGUAAUGAGCCGGAUAAGGUCCUGCUGCGAGUUUACUUCAAUCCCGAAACAGAGAGUCAUUUGGUUGCCGAGUCAGUUAUAUUUACGCUCCUUUCGGAACGUCAUCUUGGGCCAAAGCUCUAUGGGAUUUUUAGUGGAGGGCGACUGGAAGAAUAUAUACCUUCGCGCCCACUGACAUGUCGAGAAAUUGCUUUGCCAACUAUGUCAUCUAAAAUUGCGAAGCGAUUGUCCAAGGUUCACCAGUUAGAAGUUCCAAUAUGGAAGGAACCUGACUAUAUCUGUGAUGCCUUACAUCGGUGGCUUUGUCAGCUGAUGAACACUCCCCAUGGUGAAAACUCUAUAACUCUCCCUAGCAAAUAUUCACAAUGGGCUCCGGCACAACUGACUUGUGAUCACAUUGCAAGAGAACUGGACUACUUGCGAACCAUGAUAAGCAAAAGCAAGAGCCCUGUCACAUUCUGUCACAAUGAUCUCCAGGAGGGUAGGCACCUAUCAAAUCUGAUUGUCCCUAGCUCUAAACCAAUCUAUUUAGGAAAUAUUCUUCUUCCUAAAGGUUCAUCUGGAAAUAUUCGGCUUCCUUCGCUAGGUGACGAAGCUCCUGCUGGGCUCAGCUUGACCGCCUUUAACCCGGCUGACCCUAGAUUAGUUCUGAUAGACUUCGAAUACGCUAGCUAUAAUUACAGAGGAUUUGACUUUGCAAAUCAUUUUGUGGAAUACUCCAUAGAUUACGAUGUUCAUGAUCCUCCUUACUACAGCAUAAAUCCUGAGAAUUUCCCUAAAGAGGAGCAGCUGGUGGAGUUUUUCAUCAACUAUCUGCGGGAAUUUGGCCAAACACCCGAGUGUCAUCUCUACGGAAAAGCAGAAGAACUAGUUAAGGAAACCCUUCCAUUCGUUCCCGUAUCGCAUUUCUUCUGGGGUGUAUGGGGGCUGCUACAAGUGGAAUUGUCACCGGUGGGAUUUGGGUUUGCGGAAUACGGGCGGGACAGAUUAGGGUUAUACUUCCAACAUCGUCAUCUUUUGGAUAUGUUUAAUUCUGACCAAAAUGUGCAAUAA